CAUCCAUUUUUUCUUGUGCUGAAUUGAAGCAGCGCUCUUUUUCUUUUCACGCUAAGAACAAAAUCGGUUUUUUUGUUUGACAUUCAAUACGUUACAGCUUAAAAAUAAAAGGAAAAAAUGUCCAAGGAAGAGGAAACUGUGGAGACGGCGGACACAAAUGAAAAUUCGAAUGAAUCUACUUCGGAUACGACGUCGUCCCAUACUAAAGAACCCGACUACGAUGCAACGUUGGAGACGGACCGGAGUAAACGGUUUGAGUUUCUGUUGAAGCAGACGGAAAUUUUCGCUCAUUUCAUGCAAGCAGCUCCGGCCAAAGGUUCCAGUCCACCGGCUAAACCAAAAGGGAAACCGAAAAAGGCAGAGAAAGCAGCUGCCUCGUCCGUCACUGGAGAUCCUGGCGAUCAUCGUCAUCGCAAGACCGAACAGGAAGAAGAUGAGGAAUUAUUGGCAGAAACGAAUGUCAAAGCCAAGAACGUUUUCCGCUUUGAGUCGUCACCGCCGUAUAUUAAGGCAGGCGAGAUGCGAGACUACCAGAUCCGUGGGCUGAACUGGAUGAUUUCGCUUUAUGAAAACGGCAUUAACGGUAUUCUGGCUGAUGAAAUGGGUUUAGGAAAAACGUUGCAGACAAUUUCUUUGCUCGGUUAUUUGAAGAACUUUAGGAACAAUCAAGGACCGCAUAUUGUGAUCGUACCUAAAUCCACAUUACAGAAUUGGGUCAACGAGUUUGGUCGGUGGUGUCCUUCGUUGAAGGCAGUCUGUCUGAUCGGUGACCAGGAAACCAGAAAUGCCUUCAUUCGAGAUGUGUUGAUGCCUGGAGAGUGGGAUGUCUGCAUCACGUCUUACGAGAUGUGCAUCCGAGAAAAGGCAGUCUUCAAAAAGUUCAAUUGGCGAUACAUGGUUAUUGAUGAGGCGCAUCGUAUUAAGAACGAAAAGUCGAAGUUGUCAGAAAUCUUGAGAGAAUUCAAGACUGCUAAUAGACUGCUGUUGACGGGCACUCCGCUGCAGAAUAACUUGCACGAGUUGUGGGCACUGCUAAACUUCUUGCUACCGGAUAUUUUCAACAGUGCUGACGAUUUUGAUUCCUGGUUUGACGCCAAUGAAUGCAUUGGCGAUAACAAGCUAAUAGAACGUUUACAUGCGGUAUUGAAACCGUUCCUCCUACGUCGUUUGAAGUCCGAAGUCGAGAAGCGUUUGCUACCGAAGAAAGAAGUCAAAAUUUUUGUAGGACUGUCCAAAAUGCAACGCGAUUGGUACACUAAAAUACUGAUGAAAGACAUUGACAUUGUGAACGGAGCAGGAAAAAUGGAAAAGAUGCGUCUGCAGAACAUUUUGAUGCAGUUGCGUAAGUGCACCAACCACCCUUAUCUGUUCGAUGGAGCGGAACCGGGUCCACCGUACACCACCGAUUAUCACUUGUUGGAGAACAGUGGAAAGAUGGUUGUGCUCGAUAAGUUGCUGAACAAACUUCAGGAGCAAGGUUCUCGUGUUCUCAUUUUCAGUCAAAUGACACGAAUGUUGGAUAUUUUGGAAGAUUUUUGCUACUGGCGUGGGUACCAGUACUGCCGUUUAGACGGUCAAACUCCACACGAGGACCGUACAAAAAUGAUUGAUGAGUAUAACGCCGAAAACAGUUCAAAGUUUCUCUUCAUGUUGUCGACUCGUGCCGGAGGAUUGGGUAUUAAUUUAGCUACCGCUGAUGUGGUCAUCAUUUACGACUCCGAUUGGAAUCCGCAGAUGGAUCUGCAGGCAAUGGACCGGGCUCAUCGAAUCGGUCAGAAAAAACAGGUACGCGUUUUUCGGCUCAUCACAGAAAACACCGUUGAGGAAAAAAUCGUCGAACGAGCAGAAAUCAAGUUGAAAUUGGACAAACUCGUAAUCCAGCAGGGCCGCCUCAUCGACAACAAAACUAAUCAACUGAACAAAGAUGAAAUGCUUAAUAUCAUUCGGUUCGGUGCAAAUCACGUAUUUCAAUCGAAGGAUUCCGAAAUUACGGAUGAAGACAUUGAUGCGAUUUUGGAAAAAGGAGAGACUAAAACUCAAGAACAGCAUGCUAAGCUGGAUAAACUUGGAGAAUCUUCAUUGCGCAGUUUCACGUUGGACACGGAAAAUUUGGAGAAUCGUUCCGUGUAUCAGUUUGAGGGUGAGGACUAUCGCGAAAAGCAGAAAUUGCAUGCUCUAGGAUCUUGGAUAGAGCCACCGAAACGUGAACGUAAAGCUAAUUACGCUGUUGAUGCUUAUUUUAAGGAGGCGCUUCGCGUAGCCGAGCCAAAAGCUCCCAAAGCGCCACGCCCUCCGAAACAGCCGAUCGUGCAGGACUUCCAGUUUUUCCCUCCGAGACUAUUCGAGCUUUUGGAUCAGGAAAUCUACCACUAUCGCAAAUCGGUUAACUAUAAAGUGCCGAAGAACCCAGAUCUGGGCCCGGAAGCCACCAAGGUUCAACGGGAGGAGCAACGUAAGAUUGACGAAGCUGACCCGUUGACGGAGGAUGAGAUGAUUGAGAAAGAAUCUCUCCUGACGCAGGGUUUCACCAACUGGAACAAACGCGAUUUUAACCAGUUUAUCAAAGCAAACGAAAAAUACGGACGAGAUGACAUCGAAAAUAUUGCCAAGGAAGUGGAAGGAAAAACACCGGAGGAAGUGAUGCAGUACAGCGCGGUAUUCUGGGAGCGCUGUCACGAAUUGCAGGACAUUGAACGCUUGAUGGGACAAAUCGAGCGUGGAGAAGCAAAAAUUCAGCGCAGAGCUUCGAUCAAAAAAUCUCUCGACGGAAAGAUGUCACGCUAUCGUGCUCCAUUCCACCAGUUGCGCAUCUCGUAUGGUAACAACAAAGGUAAAAAUUACACCGAAGAAGAAGAUCGGUUCCUGGUUUGCAUGCUCCACAAGCUGGGCUUCGAUAAGGAGAACGUGUACGAAGAACUUCGAACUGCCGUACGUUCGGCACCUCAGUUCCGGUUUGACUGGUUCCUGAAAUCGCGAACCGCCCUGGAGCUGCAACGUCGCUGCAAUACGCUGAUUACCUUGAUCGAACGCGAGAACCAAGAGCUAGAGGAGAAGGAACGGCUGGAGAAGAAGAAAAAGACCGGUACUGCUGGUGGAACGCAGAAGGCAGCGGCUGGCAAACGGAAGGCAGAAACGGCCACAACACCCAGCGAUAAGAACACUAAGAAAAAGAAAAAGUCUUAAGCUCCAAAUAUUAUGACAUGCGUCAGCAAAAUUGGUUCGCCUAAUUUUAAAUACAACAUGAUUACAACUUAAAAGCUUAGGGUUACUCAUUAUUUGACAUGUUUCACAGUGUAAUUUUCUGAUAAUUUAUUGUCAGUUGCAUGUGAAACACAUAACCGCUAAAUAAUUAUAUCGUAUCAAUAUUUAAAUUCAUAUUACAGUGAAAGUAACUACACUGCAGUAUAGACCUUAUAAUGCGAGAGUUAUAAAUCUCGUACUCAUACGAUUCUCCAAACAGGACAAACCCCUAAUCGCUAUUCACUGUCACUGUGAACAACUACAUCUCACUGAAAGGUACAUUAAAAUAUACCACACUAGUUCAGUACAAUGUAAA